AUGGUGUACCGUGGCCAGGGCCAAAUGCAGAAGGUGAUCAUUUAGCCCAUCAACCUUAUCUUCAGAGACUUGCAGAACAGAUCUCGAAUUCAGGUGUGGCUUUAUGAGCAAGUGAACAUGUGGAUAGAGGGCUGUAUCAUUGGUCUUGAUGAGUACAUGAACCUCAUGUUAGAUGAUGUUGAAGAGAUUCAUUCUGAAACAAAGUCAAGAAAACAACUGGGUCAGAUCAUACUAAAAGGAGUUAAUAUUACCCUGCUCCAAAGUGUCUCCAGCUAG